GCAGGCUAUACAUAUACUACAUAUCACGCUAUUCCACAAUACCCCACCCACAGCCAUGGCCAAUACAGACCUCGAGAAGCUCGCAGAGUGGAGAACCCUCGGAGCACGGCACUCGGAACAGACAGUAGAGCUCGCAACACGCGUGCUGGCCUCCAGGACCCUGGGCGAUCAAGAAUGGGCAGUCAGAGAACAGCUUGCCAUCGCAGCUCUAGAUUUGGGGCGGAUCAAUUUAGCCGUUACGCAAAUAGACAUCUUGCAUAAGCAAUUUGGAGGGUCACCGCGAGUCAGAAUUCUGGACGGAUUGAGGUUCGAGGCGGACGGAGAUGCUACCAGGGCCAAAGCGGUCUAUGAAGGGCUUCUGAAAGAUGACGAAACUAAUGUGACAGCUCACCAACGCCUCAUCUCCCUUGCGGCCCCUUCAUCAGCGGCCAUUCCUCUCCUUCUGUCCUAUCUGGAUACCUUUUACGCUGACCCCAUGGCUUGGUCACUCUUGGCGGAGCUCUACUGUGAACAAGGCCUGUAUCCGCAAGCGCUCAGUGCUCUGGGGCACAUGUCGAUAAUCAACAACUGGGAUGACGGUAUCUUACGGAGGUCGGGCGAGGUCGCGUACACGUUAGGGUACGCCCCUUCUGUCCUGGGCGAGCAACUGUUGACAUGUCUGUGCAGGGACUAUCAGCUUUCAUUGAAGCACUUUCUGCGGGCCGCAGAGAUGCAGGGCGGGAAGACCAGCAAUCUCAACACGAGUCGGACAAGAACGUGGUGGGGUAUCAAGCUGGCACGUCGCCCAUUCUUCAUCUGACAUUUCCACUAACAACUCUCUAGGCUGUCAUGCAAUUACUCGAUAACCCCAUUUCAGAGUCGUCCGUGCCCCUAGAACUCGCGACUUCUCUACCACAAUUGCAGGCGCUGGGCGAACUGGCGACGGAGAGGAUAUUAGCUGCCGGUGGGCAACAUCUGGAUGUGCGUCGGAAAGUACUCGGAGAGGCCGCUUUUGUGAGAUAGCUAGGACCCAUAUUGUAACAUUACGGCUUGUCAUAUGUACACAUGCCCCCGUUAUGA